CCCUCUCCUCCCGCCACCUGCCGAUUGUCCGCAGACCCUCGCCUUUUGUCGCGGACUUCCUCCUUCCCCUCCCCCUCUCUUCCUGGCCCUCUGGAUGGCUUCCACAUCCGCGGCGCUCCAUGGAACGUACGGCUACCAUCUUUGUUGUCGCGCGUGGCGGCGCCGGGCCGCGAGAGCAGCGCGAACGGGCGCUCAGCUUUGUGCGAUUGUUCCUGGCCCAGCGGGCCAUUGACGGUCGGCGGUCCGAGUGCGCCGGUGUUGUAUCCGCUGACGGGGUCCCGCCGCGCUUGAUCGACGAUUUCCCCGAUCUGCAGGAUGCCGGAGCCGGGGCCGACCCCACGCAGCAGGCCCCAUGCGUGCUGGUGCCUCUCCAGCCGAGCGCGCGUCCCGGGCUCGAGCGAGUACAUCGCUAUGGCCAAGCGCUGCCGGCGGGGCCGCCGGACAUGGCCGACGGGUUGUCGCCCUUCCGGCCGGUGGACUGGCUGGCGGCGCUGGCUUUCGCCCGGGAGCUCUUCUUUGCCUAUCGGCUGAGCAACCGCCGGGUGACCUUCCACUUCAAGCGCAUCGUGCUGGUUAUGCCCUUCUACGGGUGCAUCCCCGGGGAUGGGAUCCUGUCGGGGGAGUGUGAGGAUCCGUCACUUGCGCCGGAGGCUGAGCCAGCCAUCCGGCACAUAUUCCAGCGGCUAGACGAAGACAACAUCGUGUUGGAGGUGCUCGACAUCGGAUCUGGCGUGCCGCACAUCAUUUCGCCCAUCUCCACCACCCUGAAGCUGGCCUUGCCGACGGUGACGACCUUGCUGCCGCCGGCGCCCAGCCCGCGCCCCGUGUUCAAGGGGCCGCUGAUAAUCGGCUCGCCGGCCUGUGCGGCCUCCAGCCGGAAUGCCUUCCACACGGAGGACCACCAUCCGGCCGGGCUAGAGCUAGAGGUGGCGGUUUUCGCUCGAGUUGGCACCCCGCGCACGCUCACCUACAAGCUGGCGUUUCUGCUGCCCCCGGCGGCCGGGGCCGCUGCCGGGCCAGGGCCCAACGGCAGCGAUGCCGGUCAGUACCGCCUGCUGCCGUUGGUGCUGGACCGGGUGCCGGUGCGUGCGGCCGAGCGCACUCUCGGCGGCCUGGCCACCGGCGAUCCAGCCGAUCAGGACCCGGCCAUCGUCCCGGCGGAGCACCUGGCCCGAACGUACCGCUAUGGGAAGCAGCGCAUUGCCGUCACCCGAGCCGAUGAGCUGAUCGCCGCCGCUGGGGCUGGCUGCCCGGCCGAGGCGGAGCGGUCCCUGCAGCUGAUCUGCUUCUUUGAGGCCCGUAGCUUGCCCCCGGCUUUUGCCCUGCACGCUGGACCCACCUACUGGAUGGUGGCUGUGGGCGCGCCGGCGGAGGCCACCACCCCGGGGGGGCCUGGCGCGGGCGCGUGCCCGCGCGGCACGGCCCCGGCCAAUGCCCUGGCGCUGGCCCACCUCGUUGGGCACAUGCGCCUGACCGGGCGCAUUGCCCUGCUCCGGUAUGUGCGCGUCAGCGGCGCAGCGCCACAAUUGAUGCUGGCACGGACCCAGCCGGGCACCGAUCGGCCGGUCCUCCUGCUGACGCGUCUGCCCUUUGCCGGGGAGGUGUUGCAUUCGGCGGUGCCGGGGUCUGGCCGGCUCCGACGGGCGGUCCAGGCGGCCAAUCCGGCGGCCGAUGCCGCCAUGGACGCCCUCAUCGACCAGCAUCUGGCCGCCGAGGCUGGCGCGAUUCCCCUCAAGACGGAGCUCGACCCGGGGGCAGUUCCCCGGGCGGCCGAUGUGCCCGGCUCCGCGGGCCGGGAAUUGCCGCUGUUCCGGAGCCCGAACUACGCCCUGCAGCGGCACUUGGCCCUGUGCCUGUUGGUUCCCGAGGCAACUGCCUGGCUGCCUCCCCUGUCGACGGUUCUGGGGCCGAUCCUGCCGGAGCCCGGGUCCGGGCCAAAGGCCGAUCCGCUGGCCGGGGUGUUUGCCCUGCGCAAGCGUCCUGCCCUGGGGGAAGCCGGAUUGGAGGAUGGGCCGGUUGCGGCCGGGGCCAAGCGCCCGGCGGCCCUCUCGACUGGCUUCCGCAGCCAGGACACCGAGGCUCGGGUCCGGUCGAUCAUGUCCUCGCGGCCGGAGCUGGCGGUGCUGGACAAAUUCCUUCUGGCCACCGGGCCGGUGGCCCUGCUGGCGGCCCUGCCUCGGCAUGGCUUCCAGCCGGCACCCGGGGCCGGGGCCGGGGCCAGCGCCAGCGGCGGCAGCAUGGCCGGCGUGGCUGGCGCGGGCGGCGCGGUGCCACUCCUGCAGGCCGCAUGUGCCGAGCUGGUCGAGUGGCUGGGCGCCGGGGCCGAUCGUGGUGGCCGGGCAGCCGAGCUCCCCGGCGAGGCGGAUGCCUGGCUGGCCUUGAGGGCAUUGUCUCUGCGCGAGCGGAGCCACGACAUUUAUGACUCGGCGCUGGCGGCGGCGCAGGCGCGCGGGUCGCUGGCAGCGCUCCGAGCCCCGGGGCCCCUCGGCCCGGUGGCCCACGACCCGGAUGAUGGCCAGGACCUGAUGGAGUUUGCGCCGGAGAUCCAGGCCCCCGGCACCGGGCUGGCGGCCCUCCCGGCCACCCUACAAGCUGGCUUCCAUUCCUUCCCCUCCCAGCCGCUGCCCAGCCAGGCGUCCCUGUCCUCCUUGGAUGGGGGGGGCGUUGGGUCGGCUGCCUUCGGCCACUCGGCCAUGGCCGACGAUCCGGAGGGCGACCUGUUUGCCGACCUGGACUAGGAGAGGCCCUUGGCUCGCGGGCCCGGGGUUCCAUGCACAUACACAUGUGUGCAUGUAUGUCU